AUGUUCCGAGAUGAGAGUAGCAAGGUUAUACAAAAAGCCCAUGCCCAAUGGGGCUCUUCGGGGUCUCCUACUGAGCAAAGCAGAAGUUUCGCCUCGACUUCAGCCGCAGCUUCAGCGUGGACUGACGAGUCGUCGAGCAGUGCUUCAGAUAGUCCACCGGACAAUAGUUCCUUGCCGCUACCCGGACUUGUUCCUGCAAAGAUACCUAAGAAGGUAGAUUUAAACAUAGAACAGCAGGGCCUGCAGUUUUACAUCAAUCGCUAUCUUAUGAACCAUCCCGACUCCCCAAGAACAAGCGAGCAGGUAGCGACGUAUUUUUCGAGGGCAGAUACCGCCCAGAACGUCAUGAUAGCUGUAGGUCUCGCAGGACUGUCUAACCUGCUAGGAAACAAGAAUAUGAAUCUAGUUGCGCGUUCUAAAUACGUCGCAUCUCUAAAGCAAACCGGACAGCUAAUUGCAAGUAAUGAUCCUGCAGGCUUUGUAGCUCGCCUUCGAAGCGUCGUAACGCUCGCUUUAUUCGAGGUCGUCCAAGGUAGAGGAUCUAGAGUGGCGGUGGGUUUGGCUAGCACACACGUUAAUGGGGCAGUGGCUGUAUUGCGAUCUGUACUGCCUCUUCCACAGGCCCCUAAUGGAGGUUUCAUUCCAUAUCAAGCGACAGGCACACCUCUUCCACCUGGUUUCUUCGAGGCCCUAAAAUUCUGUAAACAGUUGAUGCAAGGAGUCCCAGAAAGCUGUUCUGUCGAUUUGGCUCUCGCUAUGGUUCGACUUCUCCAACUGUCAGCGACAUUCGAGCACACGGUAUACACCGACGGGCGUCCGGCCGCAGAUGAUAUUAUUCGACAAUUUAUCCAAUUAGAUAAUACGUUUGAUGGCCUAGAAAGGCGGCUACUAGAAGUUUUUCCCUUUACGGAAAAUAGGGGAGAGUAUCCGCCAGAAGCGGUCUUUCGCGGAAAGUGGCACAAGUAUAAUGUGAUAUGGGCUGCUAGGCUAUGGAAUCAUUACCGUUGGGCUCAUAUCCUUACUAACCAAAAGCUUGUCAAAUUUAUGAAAAUAUAUCCUAUUUCGAGCAGUCGAACCCUACCAGCUCCUCGAAGAGUAAAAUGUUACACCACUAUUGAACGACUGGCCGAGGAUAUUCUUAUAAGUGUACCUUCGCACUGGCACCAUCCAACGCUUGACCCCGAAGUUACCCUAGAGUUUGAGGCGGAUGGAUAUGGCAAUUCAGGAGCGGUAGGAGUACCCAGCCUUCUCUGGCACCUUAAAGUCGCCGGUUGCGCUCCGAACGUCCCGCCGGAGUUUUGGGACUGGGCUUAUAACGCGAUGCAAGUGAUUUGGAGGCAGAUGGGAAUGUUACACGCAAAGGCGCUGUCAGAAAUAAUGGAAGAGCAUCGGUCCAAAUUAAAUAAAGAGGCGGCCGGGCACAAAGUAAAGUUAGAAGAGGAGGACGGCCAACGGCGGAUAUAUUGA